GCGGUAUUCUCCCAACAAACGGGAGAAUACCGCAUUGUUUGUGUAAAGAAAUAUCUUUUGUUGGGAACGUUAGUAAAAAGCUCCACGGUUCCCCAAAGUUUGGUUCUUCUAUGGACUGGAGUGACUAUGCUCCAGAACGAAGCUCUCCAGAACAGAGCUCUCCAGAACGAAGCUCUAACGAAGUGAACGCUACCCCAACAUGCAGCAAACAACAACCACAACGACAUCGACAACAUACAAUGACAUCCACAAAGUUAAAAACAAUUUCAAGAGAACACCCUAACAACCUUAUCAAUAAGAUUAAAAAUAUCAACUCAUUAGAUGAACUUAGACGACUUAUUGCCGAAGAGUGGCCAAGUUUAACAAAUGAUGCAUAUUUAGAAUACCCAUCUCCAGACUAUCACAAAGUUCUAGGAGAAAACCUUCAACAAUUUUUUAUUUAUCUAAAUGACCCAAAACACCACGACAACAUUAUAUCAAAGGAAAAUAAUCUUCAACAAAAUCUUUUACAUACUUGUUGCAAAUAUAACAGAUAUCAAGCUAUCAUACCCCUUAUCCGACUGGGUUGCAAUCCAGCCAAACAGGACUAUGAUGGACGUACACCUCUUCAUUUGGCCAUACAAUUAAAAGAUGGCAAGUGCAUACAACAAUUUUUACAACUGCUGCGACAGGAGAGCAAUCCAGAGCUAAUAGAAAAUCUUAAAGGAAUGUUUGAACCCUACAACAACAUAGGACAAACUAUUGUGCAUCAGGCUGUGUUGCAGCGAAAAACACACAUCGUAAAAGAGCUCUUACAAUUUUGCAAUAGAAACAAUAUAAACGUUUUGGAAAGGGAGGUAUUGGGUAAUGGCAAAUCUCUGCUACAUUUGGCUGUUGACAAUAAGGACUAUGAAAUGCAAACGCUAAUUGUCAUGUUAGUGCCGAAAAGUAUACAUGCGGCAAAUUAUGCCGGAUCAUUGCCCAUUGAAAAAAAACAAGAUAUUCAAAGGAUUUUAAGCGAUGUAGAGCAAAUGAAAAGCAAUAAAGCUUUAACCGAUACUAAUAAUGAAGUGGAUGAAUAUUUGGUCAUGCAACUAUGCGAUAUUUCUGUUCAAAGAUAAAAAUAAGUUUGAAGACAAAAAAAAAUGUUGUCGACAAAAUAACGACAAAAAUUUUAAGUAA